UUGUGCGACUUAUAUGCAAAAUUUCACAUUUACGAUUGUUGUUUUCGGCAGUGAAUUGCUGUUUGAUAUAAAAAAAUAUGUUAAAUCUUGCUAAUUUAAACAAUUUUUAAGUAAAAGUGUGUAAACUUUGAUAAUAAGUGUAAUCAUAGUCUCUGUGUACACCUCAAUUGCAGUCUCAGGUUUUUUUAUUUGUUGCAACCAAGACUGAAAAAUUGAAAAUGGCUGAUGUUCGAGAUAUUAUGGAGUUGGACCAUCCAACAAGCCAAGAAGUAACUCGAGAGUCAAUCAUUGGUUCAGACAAACAAAGAAAGCGACCCCCAACAACGACAAAAACUCAGAAAAGACCUGAGGGAAUGCACCGUGAAGUUUUUGCUUUGUUAUACAAUGAUAAUAAAGACGUGUCUCCGCUUUUUCCAUCUGAUACGGGACAUGGAUAUAAACAAACAAAAAUUAAGCUGGGGAUGAGGAAACCAAGAAAGUGGAAAUGGGUGCCAUUUACAAACCCGGCAAGGACUGACGGGGCGGUGUUUCAUCACUGGAGGAGACCUUCUGAUGAGCCUAAAGAAUAUCCUUUUGCCAAGUUUAACAAGAAAGUUGAUGUUUGUACUUACACUGAUGCUGAAUAUCAACAGCAUUUAAAAGUUGAUGGAUGGACGAAGGAAGAAACUGAUCAUAUGAUGCAACUGGCACAAAGAUUUGAUCUUAGAUUUAUACUAAUGGCUGAUAGAUAUGACACUGAAAAAUUUCCAAAAAGAUCAGUAGAGGAUAUUAAAGAUCGUUAUUACAAAAUCUGCGGCAUUAUGAGCAGAUUGAGAGGUGAGAAAAAGAUUUAUACUUAUGAUGUAGACCAUGAAAAACGACGGAAAGAGCAAUUGAAAAAACUGUAUGAUAGGACACAAGAACAGAUUGAAGAGGAACAGUUCUUGCUCUUAGAACUGAAAAAGAUAGAAGCUAGAAAGAAGGAACGUGAGAGAAAGACUCAAGAUUUACAAAAAUUAAUAAGUCAGGCAGACAGCCAGAGUGAAACUCCCAGAAAAACAGACAAAAAACUGCCCAAGAAAAAAAUUGCAAAUCCUUCAAGACCUUCACGCGUUGAUACAGCACAUAUUUUACAGGCUGUUGAGACUGCAGGUAUUAAAUUCCCUGAUUACAAAAACAGUGGAGUUUCUCUGAGGUCACAAAGAAUGAAACUGCCUGCAAAUGUAGGCCAGAAGAAAUCAAAAGGAAUAGAACAAAUGUUGCAAGAAAUAGGUUUAGAGUUAAAUCCUAUUCCUACUGAAGAAAUCUGUCAAAAUUUCAAUGAGCUUAGGAGUGAUAUGGUCCUCUUGAUGGAAAUUAAAUCAGCUCUAAGUACCUGUGAAUUUGAAUUACAAUCAUUGAGACAUCAGUAUGAGGCAUUAAAUCCAGGGAAAACUUUGACGAUACCGCCACAGUUAAUCUCUAAUUUGGAUCUCGAAAAUAAAGUUGGGACGGGAGAAAUCAUAGAUGUCGUGGGGUCUCCAAGCACCCCUACAUCCUAGUAUAAUAUUGUACAAUUAUGAUUCCAAUAAAUAUUUAAUUCUAA